AGAAAGGAUACACACAGUGUUUAUAGUAAGCAUUUAGUACUUGCCCUUAGUUUAUAUAGUGUACUUACCUAAGGGCUAUUGUUAGUUAACUCAAGGUAAUUCUUUGGUACAGAUGACUCUUAGAUCAUGACACUACAGGGCAUUUAUCUAGUAGACAGGUACCACUGAGGAGAAGCAUUUUGAGGAACCACUCUGCUUUUGAGAACCCUGUAUUUCUGUAUUCAGAUGGGUAACCAUUUGAGACCUGUAGUCUGUUGAAUAUCUUCUCAUUGGAGCUGUUUUCUAUCCUAGAGCACACUGAAAUGUAUGAUCGAGUUAUUUCUACAAUAUUCCUUGUCCAUUGUGGAUCUCUGCUCCAUGCUCUAAGCAGAACCAAUCCCUCCUCAACCAAAUGGGAAACCCAAGAGAAUGAUGCUUUCUUCACCUACACUAAGGAAGAUGCUGGUACACUGUAUAUUUCUCCUGGUACUAAUCAAAGCCACUGAAUCUGUCACCACAUGUAACAAUAAAUAUAAGUGCCCCAAAGAUUACCAGGAAGUCUACACAGAUCCCAGUCUAACUGAGAUACCCAAGUCUGUAAAACCAAAAACAACCGAGAUUUUCUUUGUGGAAACUGGAAUCUCUGUAAUCAGGAAGGAUGCCUUUCAAUACAUGCCUAAUUUGGAGAAGUUAUUUUUUAUUGGCAAUAAGAUCAAAUCAAUUGAAAUUGGGGCCUUUGAUAACUUGCACAACCUCAAGGAACUGGAGAUAUCUGGCCAUGAGGAACUGAAGGAUCUGGUGCCGGGAAUCUUCCGGAAUCUCGACAAGCUUAAAAAACUUGUCCUUAAAACCAAUAAGAUAAAAAAUGUGGGAAAUGGAAUAUUUGAUGAUCUGGAGAAUUUAGAAGAACUUUUCUUGAAUAGUAAUGAUAUUUCUUUGCUUCCAGAACAUGUGUUUGAUUCACUUAUUAAUGUUACAGUAUUGCAUCUUGCCAAAAACAAAUUGAGUGUGAUAUCCAAAGAUGCAUUCAGCAGACUUCCCAAACUAAAAACCCUGCGUUUGUAUGAGAAUCAGCUUACUGAUCUCCCAGAAAGUAUGCUAGACAACAAUCCUGCCCUGACCGAAUUCAAUGUGGCUAAAAACAAAAUACAGUUGUGGCCCCAAAGACUUCUUUCCAAAUCACUCGACCUGGAGAAACUCUUCUUGGAUGGAAAUGAAAUUGAAGAAUUGCCCAGCAGUCCAUUCUCUGGUCUAAAGGGAAUUAAGCAGCUAAAACUAUCUGAGAAUAAACUUCACACACUUCCAGAUCAGCUGACAGAUCAUAUGCCCCUCCUCUCUGAGCUUGAUUUGAACAAUAAUGCAAUCAAAUCAAUUCCACAUGGGGCAUUUAAAAACCUGAAAUCUUUAAACAAGCUGAUUCUUUCUUCCAAUAGAAUUGACUCGCUCAAUAAGGAAAUGUUUUCUGGGAUUCAUCAACUAAAAGAGCUGAAUUUAGAAAAGAAUGACCUCAGGUCUCUGCAAGAUGAUACUUUCUCCUUGAUACAGAAUUUAAGGAUUCUGAGACUUGGUGGCAACCAGUUUAGAAAUUUGCCUGUGGACUUUCUGCACCCCUUGUCUUCGCUCUCUGCUCUUUAUUUAAAAGAUAACCCAUGGGUGUGUGACUGCCAUCUACAGAAUCUUCAUAACUGGAUACAAAAUAAUAAAGGCAAAGCUAAAGAAACAAAUAAAGUUAAAUGUGCUAGCCCGAGUCAUCUCAGUGGAACAGAGAUCGCAUCUUUAACCACAGACAAAUUAAUUUGUUUCACAACCCCCAGUAUCACAGUAAAGCCAUCUACUGUCUGUAUCACAAGCCCUCCCACAGUGACAACACCCUCCCACACAACACGUUUUGAAGCCACAACUAUGAAGAUGACCACUAUUUUGCCCACAAUACUCCCACUCAUUACAACCAAAGCAGUCACUACUCAGAUCACAUCCACUAUGAUGGCAAUGAGCACAAAGCAAACGACUAUAUGGAUUACAACUCCCCAAGAAACCACAUCUAUUUCAACAACCUUCCUUCCAUCUCUCACCAGUGAAGCAACAAGUCAGCUAAUGACAACUAUUGCAACAACAACGCAAGCUACAACUAGACUACUAACAACCCAACCGAUCAAGGAAUCCACAACUUUUAAGGCCACAGCACAACAAAUUACAACUGGUGUACCAACUACAACAAAUACCCCAACACAACAAAUCACCACUGGUAUACCCACUACAACAAAUACCCCAACACAACAAAUUACAACUGGUAUACCAACUACAAAAAAUACCCCAACACAACAAAUUACAACUGGUAUACCCACUACAACAUAUACCCCAACACAACAAAUUACAACUGGUAUACCCACUACAACAUAUACCCCAACACAACAAAUUACAACUGAUAUACCCACUACAACAUAUACCCCAACACAACAAAUUACAACUGGUAUACCCACUACAACAUAUACCCCAACACAACAAAUUACAACUGAUAUACCCACUACAACAAAUACCCCAACACAAAAAAUUACAACUCUUAUACCCAUUACAACAAAUACCCCAACACAACAAAUUACAACUCUUAUACCCACAACAACACAAACCACAACAAAACAAAUGACAACUUUUAUAGCAACAACCAUUACCACACCUCAAGAAAUUACAGUUCAUAUACCUACAACACAAACCACAGCACCUUUAAUUAUAACUACACCUAAACUGAUAGCAACAACAAGUGACCCACAGCUGCUGGUAGCAGAUUCAAUAAGCUCCAGCACCUCCAUACUGACCCCUUCUCCUUCAGAUCCAACAAUUAGUUCUACAGUCCUGAUUACUACCCCUACAGUCCUGCUCCUCCUGACUUCCUCAGAGCCCUCCAUACCUCAAACUACAUCUGCCAUAAGUAUGGCACAAUCCUUAGUGGAAAUAUCAAGCCCCUCCAUUUCCAAAGUAACUUCACACAGAGAAGAAGGAAACACCACAGACUCACUGUUAAUUCUAACCCAGUCUCAGGUCGGAGGCAACCUUUAUGGAACAAAGAUGCAUCCCUGCCGUGUACUUUUUGUCUCAUAUUUAGCUCUGAUGUGUAUAGAAAUCUGCUCAACUGUCAUUUUACUGAUAUUUACAUACAAGCUCCACAAAUCCUUAAAGUCUGUGAAAAUGCCAACACGUCCUGUGAGGCUUGUGUAUAUGUACAUGAAAAAAGAUAAAACCUAGGUAAAAUGUGUGUGUAUAGUAUAUAUCUAUUGCAUACACUUUAUUUGGUUACUACUGCUAUUUCUCUGCUUUACAGCAAAGCCAGAAUGUCCCUCCAGACACGGACAGUGAUGCCAACAUAUCAGGGCAACUACCAGUAAUAACACGUCCUUAAAUCCUCAGCCAGUCAGCUUUCAGCUUCUUAAUAAUGGGUAUCGUCCUAGCCAAUCACUACAGAUAUCACUCACUAGUUGAAAGUGAUGUUUUUUUCCCCAAAACAAACAUCCAAAGAACUAGGCACCACAACCCAUUAGGACCUGGCCUAGAGUUAUUAGUGCAUAUUGCUACUCUGAGCCACUCAGCUCAUACAGAAUAAAAAUUAAAAACUGACAGUUUUACUACCUAACAACUUACUGACAUUCCGUGUUUUAGCCUUCUUUUCAGGGGACCAAAAUUAAGUAUGGUUUAGCAUUCAUUAUGCAUUUUUACUAGAAUUACUCUUGCCUAUUAUAGUAGGGUAUUUUGCUUGAUUAAAGGGGGAAAACCUGUCUAAAAACGCACUGGGACCCAACAUUCGGUUCCAAUCCAUAGCUUAACAUUCCCUCCUUUAGAAUCAGGGAACCUAUACAUCUAGUGCAUUUUUUGUACUAUAGAUCACAGUUAUUUCUGUAACUGAUAAUAUGGCAAACAGCAUGAAUUAUAAAAUAUCUAACUUUGUAUAUGGGUUCCAUGACCAUAAAAAGGAACAGUGGUUAAGACUUUUCAGCAUAUUCAUUUAUUUGCUUUUCUUCACAUCUGUUGUCCAAUUUAUACAAAUGGAACCACUAUAAAACUGAAACGCAACAAAUCUUUUGAAUUGGGAUCAAACGAGACACUUGAACGUGUUUUCACUCCAAAGAACAAGGCUCUCACAGGAAAGCGGAAAGGUUUCUCUGUGUGCUGGCACUGACACAUAAUAAUUGCAAAAACAGACCCUUCUUGUGCUUGUGGUUUUUAGGCAAAUCUAAUCUAUGCAUUAUAAACAGGAACUCUGCCCAUUACAGGAAAGUUGGUUCUACUUGUGGUUUUCAAGUAAAACUGAAGGAAAGAGCUCCUGCACCUGUUUAUAAAGUCAGUGCCUUUAAAGGAACAGUGAAAGGUCCCUUUUAUUUUUUAAGACAAUUCAAGUAUCAAUAAAUGGAACAUACUAUUAAAGUUCCAUAACAAAAGUUAAACUCGCAUUGAAACUAUUUCUUGGUAAAUCCCUUCUGUGGGUGUUUACUAAGGAAAACUGCUCAACUUUAUUUCAAAACAUAGACCACAAACCACAGAAUUUUCUUAACUAAAAACAAUAGGCAAAAAGUAUGUUCAGCACAAGCCCUAUUCAUUGAGCUUAUGUUGAACAAGGGCAUAUACUUUAAGUACGAACCACUGAACAAAAUAUAAUUGCAAAUGUUCAGACCCAGUGUAGCAGUGAUCUCCAAAUACAUGAGUGGUUACACAGCAGUGACCGCCUUUAAUUUAAAACACAUUCUGGAAGGUGGAGUGUAGCAUCACCAGGGCCGGAACUAAGGGUAGGCAGAAGAGGCAGCUGCCUAGGGCUCAAUGAUUGGGGGGUGCCAAGCAGGAACCUCUCCUGCCUACCCCUAGUCCGCACUACCUUGUCAAUGACCCCCCUUGCGAUUGACGGAACUGCGCAUGCGCCUAAACACAGGAGGGGGGGGAAGAUGCAGGGGCGAGGUGGCCGACCGGGUUGCCUAGGGCUUGGCCUGCCCCUGAGCAUCUCCCUGAACAUCAGCUAGAAAGACAAACAGGCAGAUAGAUAGACAGACAGAGUAAACUGCACUGACAAAGAGAAAGAGCAAGGAAACCCAAGCUUGGUGCAGAGAUAAAACAAAUAUUAAAAUAAGUGUUGAAAGACAAAAUAGAAAACAAACAAACCAUCAGGCACUUAAAACUGGACCACAACAUAUUAAUAAAGUGAACGUUUUAUUUAGGGAAUCAUCAUCCCGAAUCUAAGAGGAAUAAUCCUUUUGCAUUUCAUGCCUGAUUGGGGCAGUUAAUCAUAAGCUCAGAUAUACUGGAAGGUCAAUAUAUCAGUAGAGUUCUUUUAAACAAAUCAUUUUUGUUUUGUAAUUAUUAUUUUAGUAAUAAUAAAACAGUACCUUGUAAGUGAUCAUAACAAAGCUCCAUAAAUCUAUAUCGGUGGCAAAACAAUCCUGUUGCUUUUCUUUUUUUUUUUUUAAAUGUACUUUUGUAGAUUUAAAGGUGAUCCAGAUUACAAAAAGGUCCUUUAUCUGCGGGCAUAUUAUUGAUUAGUACAGGGGAUGUCCUAGCAUGAACAUAGCACUAUUGCAAAUAUUUCAUGUGUGACUGAAAGAUUAUAACAAUAUUUAUAAUACAGUAUAAUGACACUGCAAAAGCUUUUUUUUAGCACAUUACAUAUUAUUUUGACAGUAUUUGUAAUUAGUAUGAUGUCAUUUUUUAUCCAUAUAUCUGUGUUUUAAGAAUGUAAUAUAUAUUUUUUAAACAUUUAAUAACAAUAAUUGAA